CUAACGGUGCUCAGUGACACACGUGGGCCUCUCUUCUAUAACAGCAGCCACAAUGAUUACUUUGCAUGUUGCUUGUUUUCUGCUGGAGGUUGCUGCUGUUUCAUGCGUAGCCCUGGACCCGUGCUCCGCCUACAUCAGCCUCAACGAGCCGUGGAGGAACACGGACUACCACGUCAACAUGUCGUCCGGCGUGCCCCUGUGCGACAGCCACGUGUCCGGGGAGUGGUACCGCUUCACCGGCAUGGCCGGCGACGCCAUGCCCACCUUCUGCAUCCCCGAGAACCACUGCGGCACCCACGCUCCCAUCUGGCUCAACGGCAGCCACCCUCAGCCCCGCGACGGCAUCGUCGCCCUGUCCGUGUGCGCCAGCUUCAGCGACAACUGCUGCCACUGGAACGCCAGUGUGGACGUGAAGGCCUGCGCGGGGGGGUACUUCGUCUACCGCCUGCCCAGGCCCUCGGUGUGCUUCCACGUUUACUGUGGCCACUUCUACGACAUCUGCGACGAGGAGGACUGCGCGGGUCGCAGAUGCCCGCAGUCCGACUGCCGCUGCGCGCCUGGAACCGUCCUGGGACCGGACGGACAAACGUGCCUGGAUGUGAAUGAGUGCGAGCGGGCCAACGGCGGCUGUGCAGAGGUGUGCGUCAACACCAAAGGCUCCAGGCGCUGCGAGUGUGGGCCGGGCCGCGUGCUGGACCAGGACGGGCUCAACUGCAGAGAGAUAGCGGGCUGUCACGCUAACAACGGGGGCUGCAGCCACGGCUGCUCGUCGCUGCUGGAGUCCUAUCGGUGCCACUGCCCCCGGGGGCUGGAGCUGGGAGAGGAUAAACACACAUGUCAGGUGCCGGUGCAGUGCGAUCCCAGCUCCAUCACGGUGUCGGUUCCGAAGGACCUCGUGGGAGGACUGGAGCUCUUCCUGUCCAACUCGUCCUGUCGAGGCGUCUCCAACGGCACCCACAUCAACCUCAGCUUCAGCCUCAAGACCUGCGGGACCGUUGUGGAGGUGACACACGACAAAAUUAUAGGCACCAACCUGGUGACGGGGCUCCCCAGGAGCAGCCCCGACAGCAGCAGGGACCUGAUCGUGCGCACCAGCAAGCUACUGCUGCCGGUCACCUGCGACUUCCCGAGGGAGUACCACGUGUCGGACGGGUACCAGGCGAGCGUGCGCAGCGCGGCCCUGCAGCUGGCGGGCCACAGCGAGGGCGUCUUCCCCUUCUCCCUGGAGCUCUUCAAGAGCGCCGCCUUCUCCGAGCCGUACCGCACGCCGCCCCAGCUGCGCCUGCACGACUCGCUGUUCUUCGGGGUGGAGCCGAAGGAGAGGGUGGAGGGCCUCUCGGCCCUGGUGGAGAGCUGCUUCGCUACACCCGGGCCCAGGUCUGACCAGGCCCUCAAGUACUACCUCAUCAAAGAUGGGUGCAUUUCUGAUGAAACAGUGACACAGUACUCGUCAAAGGACCAGCUGUCUAAACAUUACCAGGUCCCUGUCUUCAAGUUCAUUGGCAAGGACAACCAGCAAGUGUUCCUCCACUGCCAGGUGUUGGUAUGUGGGACGCGAGACUCCCGCUGCACCCAGAACUGUCGAAGACGUGUCCGACGGGAGGCUGGGGAACCUCAGGGGGGGCUUGUGCUGAGCGGAGGCCCCAUCUUCAUCCUGCCUUAGUCUCGUUUCUGACAUACAGCAACACUGGGGGAAGACAGUUUUGUAUAAAGCUGAACAAAUGCAGGAACACUCCCGCACACAUACUGUACAGACACAUGUCCACCUCUUGUUUCCUCAGACCAGUGCAGCUCUGGUUUAUACAGUCACGUCUGCAUUUGCUGCUUUCCUAAACACAACGUAGUGACAUUGAAAUGAAUGACAUUUCUAUUAGAAAUCAUCCAGAGAGGCCACAGUUCAUUCGUAGCAGCUUCGGCAGGAAGGCUGUUUUCUGGGUCACGCUAUCAGGCGUUUCUCAGGCUUGAUUACAGCUUAAAGAUUUAAGGGAUUUAUAAAAGUGGUUUAUUUUUCACACUAUCACUGACUAG